CUGCUUGCUGGACACACAAAUUUAAAACUUCAAAAAAGAGCGGGUUUAUACUGAGUAAGGUUUUCAAUUGAACGCUUCUAUCCUCCUUCUGAAAUUUUCUUUUCGCAUGUAUGUGUGUCUAUUUUCAUGCAACAACCUUUUCUAAGUGAAGAUUGUAUUGUCCAAAUAAGACAAAAGCAUACAAUCGUUAAACUAAGAUCAUCUUCAACCUGCGACAAAACUCGGCAUCUUUACCUUGAAGCGUAUAAGUAUGCUUGUUCGGCUGUUGAACUAGAUUCCCUUAGCCGAUAUACAGAAGCUAGACAAGCCUAUCAAAAAACCAUACAGUACUUUACAGAGCUGCUUCGAGAUAGCACUUUCGAUAUUGAUCACAAUGAGCUGUUACAAAAAUUGAAUCAAUAUAGACAAAGAGUUGAACAGUUGAAUCAUUUGUUAGUACUGACUAAAAUCAAUCCGUCUUCGUUAUACAUCAACGAAAACUCGCCUCAUCAACAACGACGUGAUUCAAAUGAUUCCGAUAUAUCGCGGACAGAAGAGGAUGAAUACACUGAGAAAGCAGAAUUCGCUUUCGAUCAGGGCGAAUUGAAUGAAAUUCAGGGCAAUAUAAGUUUAGCUUUGGAAUACUAUUCUACUGCAGCGGAACUGUUCCUGAGAGCAUUUAAAGGAUACGAUGAUAUUUCAGCAGAAAAGGCACGAGUGAAAAAAGAGUUUUCAGAAGCACUUAAUAAGGCCGAGUCUUUGAAGAAAAUUGUCUCUGCCAAUCAUCAACCUAAGACGAACAAAGGCAACAGUGGCAGCAAUAAUAGUCAAGUAUUGUUAAAUAUGCACGAGAAAUCAGCAUCGUCACCCACACUACGAACACGGUCUUCUUCUUCAGUAUCUAUUCGACCAGAACUGACAAGAUUUCACAGUCGCUCCUGUUCUAUACCCUCCGUUGGAUCGAUUGAUUGUUUCAACAAUAGUUCCUUGCAACAACCACCUAUGAAUGAUGACAUUAUGACUCAAAAGCUAUCUGUAAACGAAAUUGAAGUUUUAAAAUAUACCUCUUGUGUCAAUGGCAAAACAUUCUUACCGUGGAUAGAUGAAACCGAUUUAAAGGAACAAUUUUCCUAUCAAACAAAAUUCCUAGAUCCUGAAGGCUCUUUGAGACUGUCGUCAAAGCAGCUGGAGAAGUUUGGUGGAUGGAAAAGACCCGGUGAUAUUAUGAGAUCUCCUCAACUAAUAUGUCUUAUUUCAAGCACCAGUAUCAUUCAGGAUAUUGUUACAGAUUGUUCAUUUGUAGCCUCACUUUGUGUGGCAGCUGCUUAUGAACAAAAAUUUAAAAGGCAAUUGAUCACCUCUUGUAUAUACCCUCAAAACAAACAUGGUCAGCCUUGCUACAAUCCAAAUGGAAAAUAUGUGAUUAAACUUGUAUUUAAUGGUAUUGCUAGAAAGGUCGUUGUAGAUGAUCUAUUGCCUAUUUCGAGAAAUGGGACUCUCAUGUGUACAUUUUCGACUAAUAAAAAUGAAUUAUGGGCAAGCAUUAUUGAAAAAGCUUAUAUGAAACUAAUGGGCGGCUAUGACUUCCCUGGCUCCAAUUCAGGCAUAGAUUUACACUGUCUAACAGGAUGGAUUCCCGAGCAUAUUUUUAUAUACGACAAACAUUUUGUUGCAGAUAAUGUGUGGGAUCGUAUUUACGAUGGUAUCAAAUAUGGUGAUUGUUUAGUAACAAUUGCUACAGGUGAUAUGACAGAAGAUGAAGCAAUACGAUUAGGUCUGGUUCCCACUCAUGCCUACGCUGUGAUCGAUAUAAAACUGCUAUAUGAUCGAAAGCGUCUUUUACAAGUAAAGAAUCCCUGGAGUCAUAACCGUUGGCGCGGGCCAUCCAGCCAUCUUGAUACUAAUUUUUGGACAGAUGAAUUGAAACGAGCACUCGAUUUUGAUCCAGAAGCAGCAGAGCAAAAAGAUGAUGGCAUUUUUUGGAUUGACUUUGAAUCGGUGUGUACCAAUUUUGCAUCUAUACAUUUGAAUUGGAAUCCUGAAUUGUUCACACAUCGGUGGGUCCUGCACUCAGUUUGGCCCGAGCAUAGAGGACCCAAAAAAGAUAUUUACAGUCUGGGGUACAAUCCACAGUUUAGCCUAAAAGUCAAUGUACCCGAAGAAAAGCCUGCGGCUAUAUGGUUAUUAUUAUCAAAGCAUAUUAUGAAGACCGAAGAAGAAAACACAGACUAUAUCACAUUGCAUGUGUAUAGUAAAACAAAUGGCAAAAGAGUUUUUUACCCUGGAACACCAUUCAAAGAAGGGACCUAUGUUAACAGCCCUCAUAUUUUGGUUCGUUUCAAUGCACCUGCAGGAUGGAGUGAUUAUACUAUUGUAGUAUCUCAGCAUGAAAAAGAACAUUCUCUUUAUUUUUCCUUACGCGCGUAUUCACUUGCUCCAUUUGAAUUGAGAGAAGUUCCAAUGCGUUAUUCGAUCGAGCAAAAGAUACAAGGACAAUGGACUGACCAAACAGCUGGAGGAAAUGCUUGCAAUGCCACUUAUCUCAACAAUCCACAGUGGAAAAUCUCGAUACCUAACCUGAAUCCACCAGUGGGACUACUCCUCCAGUUAGAAGCACCAAAGGAUUAUGCCGUUCAUAUAUUGCUUGUUGAAGGCGGCAAAAGAGUGUCAGGCGUAUCUGUUCGUGAUAUUUUGGUCGAAUCAGGGCCUUAUAGACAUGGGUUUUGUUAUUGUGAAUUACCUGAUAUUAGACCUGGUGAAUAUACAGUAGUAGCCUCAACAUUUGAACCUGACCUUUUAGGCAAGUUUAUUCUAACAUUAAGUAGUUCGGUUAAAGUGAACGUUGAGCCGAUUCCUGCAGAGGGAGCCGGUAUGUUUAAAAAAGUUAUUCAAAACGAAUGGGUUGUUGGAUAUAAUGCUAUGGGCUGUCCAAGUUUUGGAAACUACGAUAAGAACCCACGAUACUUAUUAAAAUUACGCGAAUUAACUACAAUUAAAGUCCGUUUACAAGGAAAACGCACUGACUCUAGUGAUUCAGUUCCAUCAAUGAAUGUUACCAUAUUUGAAAGAUACCCCAAUGAAUUGCUUGGCAAAGAAAUGGCCACCUCAGGCCCAUAUACAAAUGUUAUCCAAGGAGUAGCGACAAGCGAUGUUGCCCUCAGUCAGAAUGAAUGUGGAUAUAUAAUUGUUGUUGCUACGCAUGAUGAAAAUAUAGCGGCCGAAUUCAUACUGACCAUAUAUAGCGAUAGACCUAUCAACGUUGUAAAGGAUAGAUGAAUGAAAAUAUAGAUGAUCCAAAUCAAAGAUGGAACAAAUAAAGACAA